CUGUUGCUGGGUCUGAACCCACCGCUGGCUCCCGGGGCGCAGAGAGGGGCUACCGCCAGCGCCGCCGCCGCCGCUGCCGAUUAGCGUUCCCCUGCUGCUCCCCUCCAUGUGCCCGGGCGCCGCCACUCCCCUUCCUCAGGCCGCCGCUUGCCCCGGGGUCUAUGGAAGUAAUGGAAGGACCUCUCAACUUGGCUCAUCAACAGAGCAGAAGAGCAGACCGUUUAUUAGCUACAGGGAAAUACGAAGAGGCUAUUUCUUGUCACAAGAAAGCUGCAGCAUAUCUUUCUGAAGCCAUGAAGCUGACCCAGUCUGAGCAGGCUCAUUUAUCACUGGAAUUGCAAAGGGAUAGCCACAUGAAACAGCUCCUCCUCAUCCAGGAGAGGUGGAAAAGGGCAAAGCGUGAGGAAAGAUUGAAAGCCCAGCAGAACACAGACAAGGAUGUAGCUACCCAUCUUCAGGCAUCUCACAAACCCUCUGCUGAGGAUGCAGAGGGUCAGAGUCCCCUUCUUACUCAGAAGUACAGCCCUUCCACAGAGAAGCAUCUGCCUGAAAUUCAGGGAGUCUUUGACAGGGAUCCAGACACACUACUAUUUUUACUUCAGCAAAAGAGUGAGCCAACAGAGGCAUGCAUUGGAAGCAAAGCCCCAAAAGAUGAUAAAACGAUUAUAGAGGAGCAGGCAACCAAAAUUGCAGAUUUGAAGAGGCAUGUGGAAUUCCUUGUGGCUGAGAAUGAAAGAUUAAGGAAAGAAAAUAAACAGUUAAAAGUUGAAAGGGCCAGACUUCUAAAAGGUCCAGUAGACAAGGAGCUUGAUGUAGAUACUGAUUUUGUAGAAAAAUCAGAGCUUUGGAGCUUGCCACCACAUUCAGAAACUGCUACAGCCUCUUCAACCUGGCAGAAAUUUGCAGCAAAUACUGGGAAAGCCAAGGACAUUCCAAUACCCAAUCUUCCUCCCUUGGAUUUUCCAUCUCCAGAACUUCCCCUUAUGGAGCUCUCUGAGGACAUGCUCAAAGGACUUAUGAAUAAUUAAAAUGGAAGGCCAUAGAAGAGGUGAGAAGAGGAAAUAAUACCAUUAAUCCAGCAAAACAAACAAACAAAAAAGGGAAAACCACAUGCCAGGGUGAUCUCAGAGAUGCACCAUCAUCUGGCAUACUGUAGGAGAAGAGGCGUUGCCAGGACUUGGAAAACAGUCACUGUGAAACAUGUUGCAUAUCUGAAUUACAGCUAAUGAUUCUGGACUGGGGAGACACUAACUCUUGGAGGCUCACUUUCUCCUGAUACAAACCAAAUGGCUACCUGGAAUAAUUUUUUCAAGCAACAAGUACUUUUCUUAUCUUCAGGGUUAAAAUGUAUAAAAGUAUGUUAUGUGUAGUUAAUCUAUAAUGCCAUAAAUGAUAAUGCCCUAAAUAAUAUGAUAGCCUGAGGGGCUGCCUUGUAUUUGAAACAUGCUUUUUGUCAUGCAUUGACUGUAUGCAUUUUGUUAUGCACAUUUUCUUUGUUUAAAAAAGGUGUGUGAGGUACAUACCUUUCUAGAUGAAACUAUAUGUGCCACACUUUGCACUACUCAUAACAUAAUGAUAACCUCAAGACUAUCAGGAGAAAUAUUUAAAUUUCCAUUUUAUGAAAAAAGGAACCAAAUUCUUAGUUAUGCUUUUUUAAAAAAUUAUCAGUUUACAUAAUUAAUCAGGGUGCAUUUUAAGUUCUAACUUUUUUUUAUUUUAUAACGCAUCAUUUGAAAAUACCAAGGAAAUAUCCUUCUGUUUUUAAUGAUGCAUGAGUGAAAGUAAUGCUAGUUGGCACUAUUUGAUUGUAAGAAAUCAAUAAAGUAAUUGUGUUU